AUGGCAUUUCAAUUUGGAGUACUCUUUCUUCUUGUUUUGUUCAUUUGUUUCAAUGUCAAUUCUGUGGAUUCAGAUGAUGGGUCAACAUUGUUGGAUAUAAAGAAGUCAUUCAGGGAUGUGGAUAAUGUUCUAUAUGAUUGGACUGACUCAUCAACAUCAGAUUAUUGUGCUUGGAGAGGAAUUUCAUGUGAUAAUGUCACCUUCAAUGUUGUUGCACUUAAUCUUUCUGGGCUGAAUCUUGAUGGUGAAAUCUCGCCUUCGAUCGGGAAUCUUAAGAGCUUGGUCUCUAUUGAUUUAAAAGAGAACCGGUUAUCAGGUCAGAUACCAGAUGAGAUUGGUGACUGUUCUUUGUUGCAAGACUUGGACUUGUCAUUUAACGAAAUUCGGGGUGAUAUACCAUAUUCGAUUUCAAAGCUGAAACAAUUAGAGAAUCUGAUUUUGAAGAAUAAUCAAUUGAUUGGACCAAUUCCUUCAACAUUGUCACAGAUUCCUAAUUUGAAGAAUCUGGACCUGGCACAAAAUAAUCUAAGUGGUGAAAUACCAAGGCUUAUAUACUGGAAUGAAGUUUUGCAAUAUCUUGGCUUACGAGGGAACAACUUGGUUGGUUCAUUAUCUCCAGACAUGUGUCAGUUAACUGCCUUGUGGUAUUUUGAUGUGAGAAACAAUAGCCUAACCGGAAGUAUUCCCGAAAACAUAGGCAACUGCACUUCCUUCCAAGUCUUGGAUUUAUCUUACAACCAGUUGACUGGAGAAGUUCCGUUCAAUAUCGGGUUUCUACAAAUCGCAACCUUGUCGUUGCAAGGGAAUAAACUCUCCGGGCAUAUUCCAUCAGUGCUUGGUCUCAUGCAAGCACUCGCUGUGUUAGACUUGAGCUGUAACAUGUUAACUGGAUCUAUCCCUCCUAUUUUGGGUAAUUUGACUUACACUGAAAAAUUGUACUUGCAUGGUAAUAAGCUGACUGGUUUCAUCCCUCCGGAGCUUGGAAAUAUGUCAAAGCUUCAUUAUUUGGAGUUGAAUGAUAAUAAUCUAAGUGGACAUAUCCCGCCGGAGCUUGGAAAGCUUACUGAUCUUUUUGACUUAAAUGUUGCUAACAACAACCUUGAGGGGCCAAUUCCCGGUAACAUUAGCUCGUGUAAAAACCUUAACAGCCUAAAUGUGCACGGGAAUAAGCUGAAUGGAACAAUACCCUCUACUUUCCAGAGCUUGGAGAGUAUGACCUCUUUGAAUCUUUCGUCGAACAACCUUCAAGGCUCCAUUCCAAUUGAACUGUCACGGAUCGGUAAUUUGGAUACAUUGGAUAUUUCCAACAAUGAAUUAAUCGGACCAAUUCCUCCUUCCCUCGGUGACUUGGAACAUCUUCUGAAGCUGAACCUGAGCAGAAAUGGUUUAACAGGACCUAUACCAGCAGAGUUUGGUAAUCUCAAAAGUGUAAUGGAUAUUGAUCUUUCCCAUAACCAACUCUCCGAUUUUAUUCCUGUAGAACUUAGUCAGCUUCAGAAUAUAGGAUCAUUGAGGCUUGAAUACAAUGACUUAACCGGGGACGUGGCGUCGCUUGUAAAUUGUCUUAGUCUUUCUCUGCUUAAUGUGUCCUAUAACAAUCUAGUUGGUCUUAUUCCCACAAACAACAACUUUACCAGAUUUUCACCGGACAGUUUCAUUGGAAAUUCUGGUCUUUGUGGCAAUUGGCUGAAUUAUCCAUGUCAAGGUUCUCACCCUUCAGAUCGAGUUACGUUAUCUAAGGCGGCUAUUCUAGGAAUUACACUCGGUGCCCUUGUCAUUCUUCUGAUGAUACUUCUGGCUGCUUGCCGACCACACCAUCCAGCUCCAUAUCCUGAUGGAUCACUCGAAAAACCAGGUGACAAAACAUUUACUUUCUCACCUCCAAAGCUAGUGAUUCUUCAUAUGAACAUGGCACUUCAUGUCUAUGAUGAUAUCAUGAGAAUGACUGAAAACUUGAGUGAGAAGUAUAUAAUUGGAAGUGGUGCGUCAAGUACAGUUUAUAAAUGCGUUCUUAAAAAUUGCAAGCCAGUUGCCAUCAAGAGGCUCUAUUCUCACUAUCCACAAUACUUAAAAGAAUUUGAAACUGAACUUGGAACCGUCGGAAGCAUUAAGCACCGGAAUCUGGUUAGUCUUCAAGGCUACUCUCUGUCUCCUUAUGGCCACCUUCUCUUUUAUGACUACAUGGAAAAUGGCAGUCUAUGGGAUCUUCUUCAUGGACAAAGUAAGAAGAAAAAACUUGAUUGGCAUUUGCGUCUAAAAAUAGCGCUAGGAGCAGCACAAGGACUUGCAUAUUUACACCAUGAUUGCAGUCCUCGCAUCAUACAUAGGGACGUGAAAUCGUCAAAUAUUUUACUAGAUGCAGAUUUUGAGCCUCAUCUAACUGAUUUUGGCAUUGCCAAAAGUCUCUGCCCUACUAAGUCUCAUACUUCCACUUACAUAAUGGGCACCAUUGGCUACAUAGACCCUGAGUAUGCCCGAACUUCCCGACUCACUGAGAAAUCCGAUGUCUACAGCUAUGGCAUUGUUUUACUUGAAUUGCUAACCGGAAGAAAAGCCGUUGACAAUGAAUCCAAUCUCCAUCAUCUAAUUUUGUCCAAGACAGCUAGCAAUGCAGUAAUGGAAACGGUUGAUCCCGACAUAACUGCCACAUGCAAGGACCUAGGAGCAGUCAAGAAAGUUUUUCAGCUUGCUCUACUAUGCUCAAAGAGACAACCAGCCGAUAGGCCAACAAUGCACGAAGUAUCGCGUGUAUUAGGAAGUCUCGUCCCAUCAGUCACACCACCGAAACAACUGAACCUUCCACAGGUUGCAUCUAACCCGUCUGCCAAAGUUCCGUGUUACAUGGACGAGUACGCAAAUCUCAAGACACCACACUUGGUGAACUGUCCUUCCAUGAGCACCUCAGAUGCUCAACUCUUCCUCAAGUUCGGAGAAGUAAUCUCUCAGAACAGCGAGUGA